AUUUGCUACUUCAAAAAGACUCUUCUCCCUGACGUUAUGCAAAAAGCAUUGUACGUUUUAAAAAAACAGAGAGACAAACCCAUAUUUGAAUUCAUGGUUCGUCUUAUAUGACCAGACGACCAGAGUGUUCUGCCCGCCAAUAAUUAUGCAAGUCAAAUUACAACAAAUUUCUAUAAAGAAUACCAAUCGCUCUGACAGUGCCAGAGUUUGAGGAAAUUCCAUAUAAAGACGAGGAACCUGAAGGGAAUUUUAUGACUUUCUGCUGUAUCAACAAUUUGGGAUUAUGAUUUGCAUUCAAGGCCUGUGAUAAUUUUGCCACUGCUGCUGCUGCUGCUUCUUGUUUGGUUGCAAUGGCGAGGGGAUAUAAUGAGGAAACAGUAAUUAUGACCUGCCUUUCCUGUAAAGACCACUAUAAAGCAUCUGAUGCUGGAACCUGUAGAGAAUGCUACGAAGAGGCAAGUGAAACUGAGGAAGAGCUCAAGAAAGAGAUCGAAGAAUUGAAAGCAAAGAUUUCUUUUCUGAAAAUGUGGGCACCUGAAAUCAUGCUCGAUGAACGUACUGACAUUGCUCUUGAAGUUAAAGAUGGUUCCAAGAUAAAAGUUCACAAAAUUGUGUUGAUCAGCAAGUCUCCUGUUUUUAAAGCAAUGCUGGAGAAUGAAAUGGAGGAGAGCAGGAGUGGCAUCAUCAAGAUUACAGAUUUUAAGUAUGAAGUACUCCGUUCUUUUGUACAUUAUCUUUACACAGCUGAGGUUUCGAUUUUUCCAGAUGAGCACAUGGCCUGUGACUUGCUAGUGCUAGCAGAGAAAUAUCAGGUGAAGCAUCUUAAAACUAUAUGCGAGAAAUUCAUAACCUCCAAGGUGAACGAUGACAAUGCCAUAAUGAACUUUGCCUUCGCUCAUCAACAUAAUGCCAAACAUCUUCGCGAGGCUGCACUAUCAUUGAUUAUUGAGAACAUGCAUACCUUGACUACAAGAGAGGAGUACCAUGAGUUAGUGGACAAGGAUCCAAGAUUGGUAGUAGAGAUCUAUGAGUUAUAUCUCUCUAAACAAGAGAAUAUUGCGGUAAAGGACUCCACAAACACCUAAGUAAGAUAUUGGGCUUUGCCCAUCCACUCCGUCAUGUUUGCAGUACAAUCUGCAUUAUUUCUGUCAUGUAGUUUUGAGACCUUGUAUGCUUAGAAUAAUGAAAUUUCAGUUGUGGCCUAAACCAAGGAAUCUGGCCCAUUCUUGCAAAUGUAAAUUUUUUUGUUGAAAAUUUCCUUAAACUGAGGAAAUAAGACAACUAAGAUCAUCUUAUCAACUUCUUGAGUCGCAAAUCACAUCUAACGCUUCAUGAAUUA